AUGAGUGGCAAACAAUCUGCAUCCGCCAACCAAGGGCAUGACGCGUCGUACUACGGAAAAUGUAUGCUCGGCGGGACGCUCUCCUGUGGUCUUACGCACACCCUGGUCACGCCGCUGGAUCUGACCAAAUGCCGAAUGCAGACUAACCCGAAGCAAUACACCGGGCUUAUAUCGGGUGCCAAACUCAUUAAGAGCCAGGAAGGUUUAGGUGGGCUCAUGAGAGGAUGGCAGCCAACGCUGGUGGGAUACUCGCUACAGGGGCUUGGGAAAUUCGGCCUCUACGAGGUGUUCAAGGAUGUAUAUGGGGGAAUGCUUGGCGAGUCUAAGGCCAAACAGUACAAGGGUGCCAUGUGGCUGGCGGCAAGUGCCUCUGCCGAAGUUUUCGCCGACGUUUUGCUCUGCCCCUGGGAAAUGAUGAAGGUGAAGAUACAGACCGCCCCGCCCGCCGACAAGUGGUCGAACAACAUAUUUGCCUCUACACGGCGCAUGUGGGUCUACAAACACGAAACUAACUUCCCGUUCGGAAGCCUCAAGGCGCUCUGGAGCCGACAAGUGCCGUACACCAUGGCUAAAUUCUACUUCUUCGAGAAGGUCGUAGGCAUCUUCUACGACAAGAUACUGACCAGAGAAAAGAGCAGCUACUCAAAGGCGACACAGCUCAGUGUCACCUUCGCCUCAGGUUACAUCGCCGGAAUCAUUUGCGCGGUCGUUUCCCACCCGGCCGACAACCUGAUUUCACAGCUUGGAAAGGAGGAAAACAAGGGCAAGGGAGUAGCCAAAAUAGCUAAAGACAUUGGUGGCAUCAACCUGUUCACUCGCGGACUUGGCACCAGGGUAAUCAUGAUAGGAACUUUAACGGGACUGCAGUGGUGGAUAUACGACACUUUUAAGGCGUACGUAGGGCUACAGACCAGUGGUGGCAAGUGA